AUGCGGACACACGCGGCAGGUGUGUGUUCUCAGAGAGAAGUUAUUUUCAAAUUCCAGCCUUUGCCUAUUCGAGGACAGGGACUAAAGGACAGAGGAAAGGCCUUUUCUUUUGACUUCUCAUAUGAUUCCACUGACAGAGACAGCCCAGCACUUGCAUCCCAGGACGAGAUUUUUCAUGACUUGGGCUCUGAUGUGCUGAAAGCUGCAUUUGAAGGUUUCAACGCCUGUGUGUUUGCCUAUGGCCAAACAGGCUCAGGAAAAUCUUACACCAUGAUGGGUCACACGGGAGAUGAAGGUUUAAUCCCACGGAUCUGCGAAGGCUUGUUCCGGGAGAUAUCUAAUAGAAGCCAGAGUGAUGCUGUGUCGUUCCGUACAGAGGUCAGCUAUUUAGAGAUCUAUAAUGAACGUGUGCAGCACCUCCUCAAGAAGAGAGCUACACCUACGGAUGGUGGAGGUCUGAGAGUGAGAGAGCACCCCAGGGAUGGCCCCUAUGUUCAGAAUCUGUCCAAGCACUUGAUGCAUAACCACAGUGACGUGGAGGAUUUGACAAAGAAGAAGAAGCAGAUCUUCAUUCCGUACAGAGACUCUGUGCUGACACGGCUACUUAAAGACAGCCUGGGUGGAAACUCUAUGACUACUAUAAUUGCAACCAUUUCUCCUGCUGAUGUGAACCACGAUGAGACCCUGAGCACUUUGCGCUACGCCGGUCGAGCUAAAAACAUAGUGAACUCUCCCACAGUGAAUGAAGACGGCAAGGUUAUCAGAGAGCUGCAGGCAGAGGUAGCCAGGCUCCAAAGGCUGCUGGAAGAAACCAAUCAGGUCUCCCGUGGGGAGCUGUCUUCCUCUGUGCUAGUAGAAGAUGAGCUGCAUCAGAAUGAGGCAAAGGUUCUUGUACUGACCAAGGAAUGGUAUAGUAUCCUGCAGGCGGAGGCUCUGAGGAAACAGGGGAGUGGACUGGUCCUGGACUGUCAGCAACCUCAUCUAAUCGGCAUCGAGAAAAAUCUACUCAGCACUGCCAUCAUCCUCUAUUAUUUGAAAGAGGGUGCACUGUGUUCAGUCAAUGGCUCUGUGGUCACCGGUCCCUGCCAGCUCACUCAGGUGUUCGACCUCAGAGAGAAGGCCAGAGCGGGGCUGCUGUCUGCCUUGAGCCUGCCCCUGACUGACAUGUCCAAAUCCACAGAGAAUCUGUACAAAGUGAUGCUGCAGAAACCAGGGGCGAAGAUGGAAGAGGAGCUCAGCCAACAGGAGGUAGCUCAGCAGCAGGUCCAAGAAAGUCUGAACAGACGUAACCAGGACAUGAAAAGACUUCCAGAGGAAAGCAGUAGGGUUCCACAUCAACAGAGAGCAGAAAAGAGGAAAAAGGGGGCAAGGAUGGAAGAAUCUGGUAAUGGUCUGAUGGAUAAGCUGGAUGCAGGCACGGCAGAGCCCAAAGUGCCAAGUAGCUGUCUUACAUCCACCUCAACAGAGAAGCUCACAACUACAGCCAUACCUGGAAAAUAUCCUGUCCCUCACACUUGUUUUGAGUUGGAUGGAGACACACUUCAGGGUGGGGUAAACACCAGGGAUGGCCAUGACCAGGAUAGGGAGGUGUGUCAUAAAUCAAGGCCAGAGCUGAUGUCUGAGAGGCCGUGGAGAGAAGCUCAGACUGGGGCUGGAGUUUCAACUUAUAAGGGAGAGGAGGUUUGGUCAGGGGAUGCCAGCCUCCAGCAGACAAGUGUCCUGGGCCCGGGUGAUGGAUGUGUCAUGAAGCCAGAGGGGAAUGCUAAUGAGAUCCAAGGUGUUGUGGCUGACGGCUACAAGGGGAGACCCGGCUCUGGUGGGAGCUCAUUAGGCAGCACGUCCCACCUGCAGAGCAGCACAGGAAGCAGCUCCAUGUCUGUCCUACCCCAGACCAGCACUCAAUCUCAAAUCGACAAAAAGCCUCUUAGCAGUCAGGCGCCCUGCCAUCCACCCGAGCAAACAGUCUUCGAGGGCCAGUUUCGCUGUGGAGAGAUGGAUGAAUCUGGACAUUGGGCGGAGAUCCCGGGAGUGUGUGCAACUGAGACUGCAGCAGCCACAGCACUCAACUCAGGACUGGGCUCUUUGCUGAAGCAGGUACACAAAGGCUUAGCAGGCCAGAGUCUGCGUUUGAUGGGCUCUACAGAAGAGAGCAUCCUGGGGGUCUAUACUCGCAGCCAGAAGCUGACCAGAGAGCUAUGCUGGGCCAUACUUUGUGCCAUCUGCCCUGGGGACAGCAGGGUCUCUCAGCACUGCUCCACAGAGACUUGA